AUGUCGAUGAAUGGUGGAGAUAACGUGAAACGCUACCAGGAGGAGGUCGUGUCGAAAUCCGAUUUGAUGAAAUUGAGACCAUCCUCUUGUCUGCUGGGUGGAGAAGACGAAGAUUACCAGGGGGAGGUCGAGUUAUUGAUUCGAAUGUUGAAACUCCACGAGGAGGAGGUCGACUUCUCGAUUCGAGUGUCAAACGCCGGUGGGUUCGACAUCGAGCAUUUGAUGGACUCGAGACCAUCCUCUUGUUUGUUGAGCUGUUAUAGCAACUGUACAAAUCUUGAUGAUUUGCGCUGCUGGGAAGUUUUCCUUUACGCUAGGAUGGGGAUCCACAAGUACAAUAUGAUACAGGGGACGAACUUGGAGAUCAGUUACAUUGAGAAAUACAAUCUUCUACAUAACCCGCAAUAUCACUCUUACAGUAUCACUUUGGCUGCAAAGGAUCCAGAUGCAGGCGGUUCUCUUGUACCUUUUCAGACGAGGGUUGUUGUACGAGGCCGUGAAAUCAAAAAAAUGUCUUGCCCUGUUGCUAGAAUCAAGCCCGGACCACAAGAGAACCACUCUUUGCAAUCUACGCCACCCCUAAUGGUAGAUGAUUUCUACAAAGGUACAUUGCCUGUGUGGCCUUCCUCAGACGAUGUGUUCGCUGACGAAAACCGCCUAAGCUCUCAAAGUUGA